AUGGUGGACUAUGAAUGGGAGAAACCAUCUGAAAUCGCCACUACCGCCUCCUCAACUCCCACUCAUUCCAAGAAAAAUAACUACCCAUCAACGAUGGACCAGCAAUGGUGGACUAUGAAUGGGAGAAUCCAUCAACGAUCAUGUUCUCAGGCGAAGAAACAACCCAAGAUUCUAACCAAAACCGACAGAUUUUUUACCCAUAUGCCACUUAAAACUUCACGAAAGCCAACACCUAAUGAUUUCGCCACCGCUACGGUCAUUGUCACUUUUCACAACCACCACCACCCGUUUCACCACCUAAAUACUAAUACCCAUUUGACUAAUUUCUAUGACCCACGCUCUUAUGGCGCUUAUGGGAGGACUUAUUUUUCUUCGUCCAAGGACGAUUUUGUGAAUUGA